AUGGAGGAAGGCUUGGGGACAGGUGUGAAGGGUGGCUUUAACAAGUUUCAGACUGAAUAUUCAGAGCACUGCGAGACAAACCUUGACAGCUCCUCACCCAACAACUCUCCCCCGGUGUCUGUCCUUGGCCUGGGAGGGCUGCGGAUAAGCUCUGACUGCUCAGAUGGUGAAUCUGACCGGGAACCCAGCAGCGCAACAGAGUCGGAUGGGAGCCCCAUUCCCAGCAAUCAGCCUGCCUUUCCAGUCCAGAUCCUUCCAUACCUGUAUCUGGGCUGUGCCAAAGAUUCUACCAACUUGGACAUCCUGGGCAAAUAUGGCAUUAAAUACAUCCUAAAUGUGACUCCCAACCUGCCAAACAUGUUUGAGCACGACGGAGAGUUCAAGUACAAGCAGAUCCCCAUCUCAGAUCACUGGAGCCAGAACCUUUCUCAGUUCUUUCCUGAGGCCAUUGCUUUUAUUGAUGAGGCCCGUUCCAAGAAGUGUGGGAUCCUUGUUCACUGCCUCGCUGGCAUCAGCCGGUCCGUAACAGUCACCGUCGCCUACUUGAUGCAGAAACUCAACUUGUCCCUUAACGAUGCCUAUGACUUUGUGAAAAGGAAAAAAUCCAACAUCUCCCCAAACUUUAACUUCAUGGGCCAGCUGCUGGACUUUGAGAGGACUCUGGGACUCAACAGCCCGUGCGACAACCGCUCACCCAGUGAACAGCUCUACUUUACCACCCCCACCAACCACAACCUGUUUCAGCUGAACACGCUGGAGUCCACAUGAAGAAGACGCCAUCUGGUUGGGAACUUGGGCAUCAAAUUGCUUCUCUUGAGCAUUUCAACUCUUACAAAAAUCUGUCUCGCCAGGCAGCUCUGGAAGGACUAGCUUCUCUGGGCAGAGGUGCCAUGUUGCUGCUUUAAGAAGGCUAAUGCCAUUCAUUAGUAUCCCAAUGAAAGAGGUUUGAAUAGGUAGCCUUUUUUACAGGGCUUAUCUAACACGGGCGAUGUUAAAGCAUUUUGAAUGCAGCUGUUACCAGCAAUAACUCCUUUCCUGGGUGCAUUGGGACCGUCAGAGCACGUACACGUGUGAAGAGCUUACCAGGGGUUGGCUUGCUGUGGAAAGCGAGGAGAUUUAUGCACUUGGAAACCUUGAACAAAAAGUGUUGGGCCAAGACUGUUUUAAAACCCAAGUUUACUUUUUAGAUUUAAAGAAAAAAAAAAUAAGAUCUUACUCAAGCUUUGGGUUCAAACUCUUUUUAAAUAUGUAAGUUCCUGACUGUUUGUACAGACGAUGUUGCAAAACCGAUAUUUUAUUC